GCUAUUGUGGAGAAGCUCACACCUCUCCUGUGUUCGUCCUCCUGUGUGUGAUCAUGGCUGCAAUGCACUGCAUCAGCCAUGUUUGCUAAUUUAAAACCCAAAGGUUAGGGAAGAGUUGUUUAUUAUUUAUCGCGUGCCAUCGCUGCUCCGAUUUUUCCACCGAGGCGAAGGCUGUGGAGACACCUGUGCCUUCGAGAUAAGCGGAAUGAAAGAUGGAGGCGAAUAAUCAUUUCAACUAUGGCACCCAUUCCUCAGCAAACUCAGGAUUGAAACUUUCCUCAGGGGAUUCUCUUUAUACUAAUGGUUCCUCCGUGAGUUUUCCUCAGCAAGGAAAGAAUAUGAAUGGCGAAAUGAAUGUGAAUGGCGUCACUACUGUACUUGGGUCUAGUGCACCUGGUUCUCAACCACCUUCUGGUCCUUACCCACACAUCAGCAGCCACCACCAGAGCAACAUGGGCUACCUAUGGGGGGGACAGCCUCAGUACAGUCUAACGUUGGCCCCGUCUCCUGGACAUGGCUUGCACCAAAAGCAACCUGCGCCGGGGAUGAUGCAGCCUCUGUCACAGCAUCACUUCCAAGCUCAUGGACAGUACCAACUCAACGGGGACAUAGCACGCCCUCAGCAGCCUCCCGUGCCAGGCCCAUCAAACCUGACCCCUACCGGCAGUCAGUUCUGGAACAGGAGUAGCCCGGGUCCGCAAACUGCCAGUUUCACACCCCGCAGUGUGUACGGUACCUUUCAGAGUCCGCCACAUUCUGGAAUCUCUCCAUCACCGCUCCACCAGCAGCAAGUCUCCCCUCCGUCGCAACAGCACCCCCAUUCCCACCAGCGCCCCGCUCAUCUCCUGCCGCAGCACCAGCAACCGCAGCACUACGGUGUCAUGCCAAACGGGAUGCCCUACUACCAGCAGACGCAUACGUCUCUGCCGUCACCUCAGCAUCCAAAGCAAUUGAUGCCUCCCGGUCAGAUUAUGCUCCCAGUGGCACAGAAUUUGACACCCCCACGUGACACAGAGGGGGCACCCUCUGGAGCGAUGACGUCCUCGUCGACUGUGCAGGACAGCAGCUCUCUCAGGAGUGGGGAGAAGACAUCCCAUGCUAGCAACGUCUCUUCUUCCAUGGAAGGGCAUACAAGGGAGGAAAACAAGGAGGCAAACACAUCCCGCAUUCACACGGAGGAGACACCUGUUACUCAAAAGUCACCCAGCUCUUCUUCGGCUUACAUCAGACAUACAAGCGAUCACCACAGCUCUGAAAAGCCAACAUCUCAGCAGCCAGAAGUUGUCAGACGACCCGCAGCGAGCACACCUCCUCGGACGACGCACCCUCCAUCUUUAACUUCCUCGAUGGCUUCUCCGAAUAAGGUCUUAACACCUUCUCAAGUGUCUCGAGCGCCAGCUGUUGACUCUCCUGCUGCUUCCCCCGCGUCCACUACUGGUGCGUACCCUGAUGUUAAAACUACUCCGCCCCAGACAUCAUCAGCCUCUCCUCCGAUCCAUUCUUCAGCCCUGAUGGGGCACAACCUGAAAUCUCUUGCUCCGGCUGCGACAGAGAUGAUGCUUCCUGGAUCUAAACGUCUACCGACGGGGUCCUCUUCCUCCUCUCCUGCCACCCAGACCUCACCCGAGUCUCAGAUGCAACAUUCAGUUUCUGGAUCACCUACAGCGAUCUUAGCACCUGCCAUUGUCUCCACAUCUUCUUACUCUGGUUCUACACCCAUCUUGUCUCUUCAACAAAUGGUUCAAGGUUCCACACUCCCCGUGAUUCCUGCUCUAAAAUCAAACUCAUCAAUUUGUGAUGCGUCAGGUGGUGUUCAUUCUUCAAUAGUAUCACCACCUGGAAGGUUGUCUCCUGACGUGUUAUCUGCCGGUAAUAAACCCGCACCCGUGCCCCAGCAUGACUCCAUGCACACUGCUCUAGGGGUUGGCGCUGGUGGCACCAUUGCCUCCGCAGCAUUAUCUCCACCACGGGGGCACAACUCACCCUCCUCAUCUGCCCACGAGAGCACCUCAGCUAGACAUCUCUCUGCCCUACCUCUACUAACCACUCAAGCCUCCAGGACUGCGCCUGUUUCUGUCCCUCCUGCCUUGGCGACUGUGCAUCCUGCGUCAUCUUCUGAAGUGGUCCGCAAGUCCGACUCUGGGGAGCAUCCUGCCAUGUUCAUUCCUGUCAGUGUACUUAAUCAGCUGCCAGAGAAGCUUUGUCACGGCAACACGAUGAAAGCCUUAGCACAUGAAAAAGGCACAAAGGCAGAAGAGCGUCCGCCUCACCUUGAGGCGCACAAAGACACCGACCCUCACAAAUCAUCUGAUCUUCCAGGACAACCUUUGCAGACCGAGCGGCAGUCCGGCAAUAUGCAGCGGGAGCCCGUGUCCACCGGAAUAAUAGUCGGCGACGUACUAAAGGCAGAGCAAGCUCAUUGUCCCAGCGCCGAACGCCAGACAGUUGAAACAAGUUCUGAACACUCCUCACAUACCGCCUCCCAUUAUGGCAGCAGCUCGGCUAGCAGCGCGCUGACAAGAAUCCAUAUGAGCUCCUUCUUGGAUAUGUCCAGCAACAGCUCACGUAUACAUUGCUCGAGCAGCCUGGGCAACGACACUUCUAGGUUUGCCAGUACUUCACAUACCGAUGAAGAACAAUCUUCUGUGUACGACACAACCAGAGACGACAGCUCCUUUGUCGAUUACUCCAGAGAUCACACAAUGGACUCCACCCGUGACCUGGAGAUAUCCGGGUCAGGGCAAUCCUUGUUGGCGUCUUCCUUAAACAGUACUGCAUUUGGGGCAUCCCAUCUACGUUAUGAAGGUCAUGAUACGCCGGACUCGGUUCGCAGAACAACCAUGGCAAUCGAGACCAUGACUUCACAGAGUUUCAGGAAGAGCGACGAGAACUUCGCCUUCAGCACCCCGGUACAGAGCCCUGCUGUACACCCACUGCAGCCAGUCACUGAUCAGGUUUUGUCAGCCACUGGAGGAGUUCUGAAAAACCCUGAAAAACCUUGGAAACCUCAUUCCCCAAAAGCGUUAUGGAUGAGAAAAUCAGAUCCCGAAGAAGCCAAGAGAAAGCCCCGUGGUCGGACCCCAAAAGUGGAGAAGAUCAAGGCCGAAGAAGAGGGUGACAACAGUGGUGUGGUGCCCAAGGGGAGGAGGAGAAGGAGGGUCUCUCUCAAGGCAGAACCGGUCAAAGAAACACCAGACAAAUGUGAACACACCGGGCCUACGUCUGAGGAGAUGGAUUCAAUCACAGCCACAAUCGAAGCAGUUCUCGCUAAUCCCUCCGCCAUCACUUCGCCUUUUGACAAACCCAAGAUGAAAAGGGCCAGAAAACAGGACCAAGUUGGGAAGAAUAAGAAACUACCAAAACAAGAUGCUGAAACAGCUGCCAGUGAUGCUGAUGAAAAUGAAGAGGAAAUUUCCACUGCAGGUGAAUCUCACAGGAGGAGAGUGGCCACAGAGCAGCAGGUCCAAUUUCCUCUGAUGCAUGGAUGGAAGAGAGAGAUUCGUGUAAAGAAGUUGGAUAACCGCAUGAAGGGUGAAACCUGGUAUUACACACCCUGUGGAAGGAGAAUGAAGCAGUUCCCGGAAAUUAUUAAGUACUUGAAGAAACACCAGGACAGCGUUGUCACCAGAGAACACUUCAGCUUCAGCCCACGCAUGCCCGUGGGAGACUUCUACGAAGAAAGAGAAAGUCCAGAGGGUCUGAAGUGGUUUCCCCUGGCUAACGAGGAGAUUCCAUCUAUGAUCAUGGCCAUCACUGGCAGGCGAGGUCGACCCCCGAACCCUGACAAAGAGAAACCAAGCAGGGCUUGUGGUUUGAGGACGGGGCAGGCCCGCCGGCCAGGUAGACCCCCCAAAGCCAAGAUGAUCGACUUCCUUAGUAAAGUUGAUGCGAAGCUGUUGAAGAGGCUUGAGUCAAAGGAUGCACUCACGGAGGAAGAAAAGGAGAAAAUGUCAAAAAUCAAGAAGAAGAUGAAGAGGAAGGCCAGAAUGAAGAGAAUAGCGGAUGUAAAGAUGAAAAAAAUAAGAGAAGAAAAAAAGAGAGCUAAGCAAGAGACCCAGACUUUGCAGGUGAAAGCUGGACCCCAAGACCUGUCAGACCCACAGCUCACAGAGCCGGCGCCGCAGUCUGUUGCUGAGACCAGGAAGCCAGGUCGACGAAGGUCAGUCAAGGUUGAAGCACCUCCUCCAAUACAGCAGACCGACGAAGAGAGAAUAGCCCAGGGAAAGCGAGUACUGAGUGCUCGCAGUAAAGCCAAAGCUCUGGCCAAAGCCCAGGCUGAGGCAGAGGCAGCGGCUCGGGCCGCUCUUGCAGCGAAAAGAAGCGCAGAGAGGAGAGCGCAGACUCAGAGGCGACUGGAGGAACGCAAGAGACAUCAGCUCAUAGCAGAAGAGUUGAGGAAACCCACGGAAGACAUGUGUCUCACUGACCACAAACCGCUCCCCGAGCUGUCCCGUGUACCUGGUGUGGUUCUCUCUGGCACAGCCUUCGCUCACUGCCUGGCUGUGGUCGAGUUUCUUCAUGGCUACGGGAAACUGAUUGGUCUCAAUGUACCCAAGGACAUACCCAGUCUUGCUACCCUGCAGGAGGGUCUUCUAGGCUUGGGCGAAAGCCAGGGGGAGGUUCAAGAUCUGCUCAUAAAGCUGAUGGGGGCUGCACUCCAUGAUCCAGGCCUGCCAUCAUAUUAUCAGUCAGUCAAGAUUCUUGGUGAUAAGCUGGUUGAGCUCCAGCUGACGCGCAGCACAGUUUCUGAGGUUCUCCGCAUCUUUUUGGAGUCUCAUGGCUAUGAGACGGAGGUGUGCAACACACUGAGGACCAAAACCUUUCACGUCUUGUCACCUGAAACCAAGGCAGCUGUGUUGGGUUUCGUGGUGGAGGAGCUCAACGGAAGCAACAUUGUGACCAGUGACAUUGACAACACACUGGAAAACAUGUCAAACUACAGGAAGAACAAGUGGAUUAUUGAGGGCAAACUGCGCAAACUAAAGGCUGCACUGGCUCGUCGCACUGGACGCUCUGAAGAACAACUGUGUUUAGAGGAACGACGACGAAGUGCCCGAGUGGCUGAAGAGGAUAGCCUCAUUCUGGAAGACAGUGUUGUCUCAGAGAGAACCAGUCGUCGUGGCCGUAAAGACGACUCUAAACUCUGUGAUAGUGAAAGCCCGACCAAUGCCAGCAUUCCUGAGCUUGAAAGGCAGAUAGACAAGCUAACUAAGCGGCAAGCGUUCUUCCGGAAAAAGCUGCUUCAGUCAUCUUAUUCCAUGCGGUCUGUAAUGUUGGGGCAGGAUCGGUACAGACGAAGAUACUUGGCUCUCCCUCAUCUCGGCGGAGUUCUAGUUGAGGGUCCAGAGGAGCUUCUCACUUCAGGAGACGUGGUUAUAGCAGAAGUGCCGGUCACUUUGCUUAAAAAAGAGUCCAAAAUGGAAGAGAUGCCUAUCAAAACAGAAGACACUCCAAUGGCUACCACUCCUCCUUAUACGCUGCCUUCCUCACCUUCCUCUGCUACCCCUCAAGGCCAAGCAUCAUCCCCAGAGGAAGACCCCCUCCCUGGCACAGCAUCCCUCAUGAGCAGCCAAAGAGGACGAGGACGGCCGCGAAAAAUCAAACCUGAAGUGGAGCUCCACCUCCGCACUGCAAAAAUCCGCCGCCAACGACGAAGUAGCGUCCGGUCAGUGGGCGAGGAGAGGCCGGGGUCUCCGGUUAGCGCCUGUACUCAAGAUCUUUCACAGACGGCGUUCCUGAAUUGGCUCAGCCAAUCCAGGCAUGCAGUGCCCAGUGACAGUUACUCGACGGAGCCUCUAGAGGGCGGUCAACCACAAGAGACUGUGCAGGAUGACGAAGAGAAGCAAGGCCUGCUGCCAGAACAACCUUGUGAUGACAACUGCCUGCCCUCCUCUCCGCCUAAAUCCCCUUCACAGGCGCAGAGUACACCAUCCCCAACUUCCGCUCCACUCAUGCAGGUGGAUCCCCCCUUUACUUCUGUCGGCGAAGCUCCUGCUGACCCAGAGAGGGAGAGUGCUGCAGAGGAAGUACCCUCAACAACAUCAACCGUUCUCGAUUGUAAGCCUCCAACCCUUUGUGCCGCAAAUCGCGCGCCGACCACCCCCACCAGACCAGGUCGCAGGCGGAGGCGAGGCAGCAGAGGGAGCAGCCCCGCCAGACGGGGGCCACGUGGGGCCGCAGCCAAGCGCAGAGGUCGCCCUGCCACAUUGUCCUUCCAAGACCUCGAGAAGCAAUACUUCACACAGCUGGUUGUCAAGCCUAUCCCAGCAUCGAUGGUGCGUGGCUGGUGGUGGAUCAAGGAUCCAGAAGAGCUAUUCAGCACUCUGCAAGCUCUCCAUCCACGGGGCGUCAGAGAAAAAAUACUUCAUAAACACCUGGCCAAACACAUGGAGAGCCUAAGGGAGAUGUGCACCAAAUCCAUUAACGAUCCUAUGUUUGAGCUGAAGGAGGAGAAGAAGGAGGUGCUGUUAGAGGCUCUGCAACAGCCUUGGCAGGUCCAGGAAAAAGCAAUGGAGACGGAUAUAAACGCCCUCCAGUGGGUGGAGGACUUGGAGCAGCGAGUCGUGGCUUCUGAUCUUCAUCUGAAGGCUCCUCCUCAGAAUAUAGGCAAUGAUGGCGAGUGUAACACUGAGGUACCUGCAAUGGACUUUCAGCCCUACACAAUCCCAGAGCAAGACUCCACCCGCGAGGACCUCCAAUACUACGAACACGACGCUGACCCACGUGAUGACUGGAUCGUACGAACCAAGAAGGAGUGGUCCGGUCUGCCUCGCAUCGCCACCCACCCACUCGACUUGGCCGUGCUGCGCCUCGCCAAUCUUGAGCGGAACAUUGAAAGGCGUUACCUGAAGGAGCCGCUCUGGAACCCAGCUGAGGUGAUGCGCCUCGCUCCUCUCACGCCAACCCCUGGAGAAGAACAACCCAUGGAUGUCAUCAGUCUAGAAAGUGAGAUCACCUCGAGGCUCAGAACAUGGAGGCAGGCUCUAGAUCGCUGUCGCAGUGCCCCUCAGCUGUGUCUGUGUCUGCUGCAGCUGGAGAAAGCCAUUGCUUGGGAGAGAUCCGUGACUAAAGUGACAUGCCAAGUGUGCAGGAAAGGCGACAACGAUGAGUGUCUGCUGCUCUGCGAUGGCUGCGAUCGGGGUUGCCACAUGUACUGCCUGAGGCCCAAGAUCACCCAGGUGCCUGAAGGGGACUGGUUUUGUCCAACCUGUGUUGCCAAGAACGAAAGCCAGUCAACGCCCUCCAAAAAGAGGACCAGGAUGAAAAAGAAGAGAUAUGAAGAAAACAGCUCAGAUGACGACGCAACACCACGGCGAAGCUCAGGCAUGGCAACGCGGCACAAGGAGGCAGCGGUGGCUGCAGUGGCGACCGCAGGCUCUUUGUCCACACGUAACUCGGCGGAAGGAGGGGCCGCCAAACGACGUCGCAUGACCACCCGUAACCAGCCAGACCUCACCUUCUGCGAGAUCAUCCUAAUGGAGAUGGAGGCUCAUGCAGAUGCAUGGCCAUUCCUCGAGCCCGUUAAUCCACGCCUGGUGCCAGGGUACCGCCGUAUUGUCAAGAACCCCAUGGACUUCCUCACCAUGAGAGAGAGGCUACUGCAGGGAGGGUAUUGCAGCUGCGAGGAGUUUGCCGCAGAUGCUCAGCUCGUCUUCAACAACUGCGAGCUGUUCAAUGAGGACACGUCAGAGGUGGGGAUGGCGGGACACUCCAUGAGGCGCUUCUUUGAGAGCCGCUGGGCCGAGUUCUACUCGAACAAGGACAAAUAGAAGCCAACGACGUUCCCGCUGGUGGUAGAAAUGCUGAUUUAUUGGUGCUUUCACCAACCCUGUGUUACUGCAAAGACUGGAGGCUCCUCCGGCGAUGUCAUUCUCACCUUCCUUACCUUUUUAAAGGUACAUCUGUAUAGAGUUGGGUGUCUCUUUUCUCCACCGGCCUUCUUCUUUAAGGCCUGCAACUGAACUAACUUGAACUUGUACUCAUUCCCAAGCACCAUCCCUUUAUUCCUUUGGAGUCCCUCACCUCAUCUCCUGUUUGUGCCACACCCUUUUUCACAAGCCCCAAGUCGUAGCAAGCAUUGUGGCGAUGACACAGUCUCAGGCCCUUUUUACUUUUAACUCUUUUCAUCACUUUUUUUUUUUCAGCUGAGCGACUGCAUAUUGGACCUGCUUAGCAAGCCACAACUAACACAUUGGAUCAACUCACUGAAAAAAAAAAAAUUGUUCAUUUCUUACCUAUUCAACAGAAAUGUAAUACCUUAUGCCGAAACUUUUUUUUUUGGUCAAUAUAUUUGUAUUAUAUAUUAUAUAUAAAUAUAUAUAAAGAUGACAAUAGCUGGGAUUAUUUAAUAGAAAUAGCUUGUAGUGAUUGUACAGAUGACCUCAUAGGCUUGUCAAGAAAAUUUAUUUAAAAAAAAAAACAAAACAAAAAACGGCCAGUUCGACUAAAGAUAUCGCUUCUUGGGUAGACUUUGUAUAACCUCCACUUUAGUCUUGCACGCACACACACACACUUAAUGCUGCUGCUGUGUGAACACGAGGAUACUUGAUGUCAGUCAGUGUUUCACUGUAGCGUGAAGAAGCAGCAAUAAGUCAAUUGUACACAGAUUUGUAUAUAACUCUGCACCAGUUGGGUUAUCUGUUUUAGAGACGACGCUGAACGCUUGUGACACUGUGUGUGUAAAAUAUGCCUGUGAUAAAAGACUUGAGACUUUUCUUUGACGACAUCUUAACGUGUACUGUAAAGGAAUUGCAAAUGAGUUGGAAGCACUGGCUACAUUCCCACCUAGUUACAUUCCUUUUUUUCCUCACUUUUUUGUGUUGUACAUGGGCCAGUAGUAUAUGAUGAUGAUGAACCGUGGCUUGUUGAGCCUGUGUGACAUUAACAGGACCACAUCGCAGUCCAGCUUUUAUUUAAACUUGUUUCUUACACUGACCUCAAAUCAGUUGGUAGAAAAAUAUACAGUACAUUGUACCUUAUUACAUGUAAUGGUUUUUAAACAAGGAAAAAAAAAACAAGACCAGAAAACCAAAUGUGGUGUUAUGUGAAUUUUUAAUAAUGUACAGUUUUGGUGACUUCAAAUUUUGUUCCUUUAUAUUUUUAGGACCAAUUCAUUUUUAAAGAGGUAUUACAAGAUUCAGUUGUAUUAAGGUGAUGUAACACGUGUGCAUCUGUAGAAUGUACUGUUGAGUUGAAUAAAAAACACAUCAAGUAGUA